AUGCUAGUGGUGCAAGAAAAAACUCUAGGGAAAACUGAUCAAAAUAGAUUGUGCCUGCACUUACGCAAUAAAAUCAAGGCGAAAUAUGCCGAAGCUGGUGCGAAGGAGCCUGAGAUACAUACAAUGAGGCUAAGAUCGAAAUCGAUGGCUAGGAACUCGGGAUUUCACGAUUGGCAUGGUGCACCUUUUGAGGAGUUGCUAGAAUUCAAGCUUCAAAAGGAGUACAAAGAGGGGACUAUGCAUAUAGGAGAAAUACAACUUUGUGGUUUGGAGAAUAAGAAAUAUCAAGCGCCCGGUCCUUCUUAUAAGCUGCAAUAA